AUGAAAGUCAAACGGAGUCUAGAUGUUAGGCUAAUAGCCUUAUGUACUACUUGCAUCCUGCUCCCGGCAAUUGCUUGCCCUACUCAGUGCGUAUGUAAAUGGAAAAAUGGUAAGCGUUACGUUGAGUGUACUGACAAAGACUUGAAAGGCAUACCAAACUCUCUAGACUCCGAGACACAGGUAUUAGAUUUUACAGGAAAUGAUUUACAAGUACUACAAAAGGAAACAUUUCAUAAACUUGGACUGUUGGACUUACAGAAAAUUUAUCUUCAGAGAUGUCGUUUACAGAAAAUCGAUAACCACGCCUUUAGGGGUUUGGCAAAUCUAGUCGAACUGGAUCUAUCCAAUAAUUACAUUACUGUAAUUCCAUCGAGCAAUUUCAUUUUUUUCCCAUCGUUAAUGAGACUCUCAUUAAAUAAUAAUCCUAUUACCAGUAUUAAAACACAAUGUUUCCAGCAUCUAUCCUAUUUGAACACAUUAGAAUUAAGCAACUGCAAAGUUGAGACAAUUGAGCCACAGGCCUUUGCCGGUUUGAAACAUUUAGAAUGGCUGAGACUGAACGGUAAUAGAUUAUCAAACAUUCAAGGCGAAAAUUUAUUUCCGGACACGCUUCGUGGAAUAGAUCUUGAAAAUAAUAAUUGGAAUUGUGAUUGUAAUUUGAGAGAUUUACAUAAUUGGCUGUUGAAUUUCAAUAUGCCACACGCUGUCGAACCCGUCUGUUCGCUACCUGAGCGACUGAAAAAACGGACUAUUACGAGCGUAAAUGAAUUCGAUUUGGCAUGCUUACCAAAAAUAACACCUACAUCACUGUACUUAGAAACUACAAUUGGAAAUAAUAUAACUUUAGAGUGUAUUGUCAAAGCCAUACCAGAAGCUAAAAUACAAUGGUAUUUUCAGGGACAACUUAUUCGAAACUAUUCAACAUCUGCCAUUGAACCUCAUCACGUCUUUUAUAUAGAAAGUGGCGUGAUAGAUAAAAAGAGUGAGCUAUUUAUAAUAAAUAUUGGAAAUGAUGACAAUGGUACAUAUUCAUGUUUAGCGGAAAACUCUGCAGGACGAAUUCAUUCCAAUUAUACUAUAAAUAUUUUGAUUAAAGAAGAACCUGUUGUCAUCGUGGUAACAUUUCCCCACAGACAUGUAGUAGUCAUAAUAACUAUAAUUUUUCUUAUAUUUGUUUUGUUGAUUGCUAUAAUAGCAGUGGUAUUAUUGAAGUUUAAAAACUGA